UCGGUUUCUUCAGAGCAGGAAGCGCGCGGCUCGGAGGCUCCUGCCUUGCUGGCUCGCUCGUCAGACUUCUCGUGUUUACGAAUCGCUCUGCAGCAGCAACGCCUUCGACUGAAAGGGAGCUGAUUCUGUAGCUCGUUAACGUUUGCUAACGGCGGAAUCUGGGAGAUGGAUUAUCUUGCGUAGAAGUUCAAAUCAGAAGCCUGGCAUGAACACGACUGUGGUGACAAACGGCAUGCUUGUAGAAUCGGAGUUUGAAAUGAAGCGCAGGACUGUGUAGCGCCGCCGCCACCACGAGCUGGAAGGACGACGGGUUACCGGAGCGGCCGCUCCUCCCUGCAGUGAAUGAAUCGCAACUGAUCCGACUUACGCUGCGGUGCAGAUUUCCGACUAUGGACGAUCGCGCUUUGCCAGACUUGAAGGACAUCGAAACAAAACUUGGGAGAAAAGUUCCAGAGAGUCUUGCCAGAUCACUAAAAGAAGAGCGCCUGGCGGAGACGAGGGAGGAGCGGAGCGGCCGGAGCAACACGGCGUCGAGCCGGCUGGACUGCAGCGCCCUGGAGAGGCUGAAAAGCAAGAUGAACCUUUUAAAGCGGGAGAUGGCACAUCUCCGGGCCAUUGACAUCAGACUCAUGCACCAGCUGCUGUCCAUUAAUGAAGGCAUCGAGUCCAUUAAGUGGAUGAUUGAGGAGAAAGGUGCCAUAGCCAGUCGGGAUGGCAGCCUGGCUGGCAGCCUGUCCAGUCUCUCGGAGAGCCAGAGCACAUCCCCACGGGGCAGCUACAGUAGCCUGCAGGAUGGCAGUGACGGCCUGGAUGGCAUCUCGGUGGGAAGCUACCUCGAUACCCUGGCAGAUGACGUACCGGGCCACACCUCGCCCCUGGACAUGGAGCGCUUCUCUGAGGGGUCUCUGAUAGACGAGCCCUUGUACAAAGAUGCCAAACUGGAGUGUGAGGACUACUUUUGUUUUGGGUAGUGCGGUGGGCACGGACUCGGGCAUCGGAAAGCAAACACGAGGCACUCUGCCGUUUGAAGUGACUUUGUUGAAAGCAUCUUGUCACUGGACAGGAGGGGUCCAGACUGACCUGCAGGCCUCGGACUUUGGGAUGCAUUCCUAUGGAGUGUUGACAGAUGGACCAAUGGUGGCCACAGACAAUCUCGGAGUGUGACGUUCGACCGGGGUCAUCUAUUUAUAAAGACAUGUUUGUACGAUUUUAGCAGGAAUCUAAUAAAGAAUGGCCGCUUGUGGGGGUCUCUUUCAGCGUA